CAACUUAUAACUCAUAUGGCGUGAGUUAAAUGAGUUAUGAGUUAAAUGAGCGCUGUUCGUUGAUUUGUAUUGUAGAGAUGAGAUUCCAGACACUCUGCCUGCGCCUGUGAUAAGCCGCGACUUUGGCCUCUGCAACACUUUCACCGACACGGGAGAUCUAGAAGCGCUGCGACACAUUCGAAUGUCUCAAAGUCAUCUCUCCCAGCUUCUCACAACGAUAAAACCAUCCUGUCGCCACUCACAAAUCUCGACUUCACCAUCGAUAAUGGAGAUGAGAUCAGACCCCAAAAGUCACACUUGGACUUCCAGUGCCGUCGGCAAAAUCAUAACCACAACCCACAACAUGAUUGAAUGUCGCGCCGGAGGCAACUUCCAAGCUCUGAUACACGAAGAACUACUAUGUUACUUCUCGCCCUACUAUACCGCUGCCUUCAAAGGCGGCUUCUCGGAAUCCAAUCAAGGCAGCACCUCUUUCGAAUUGACAGAACUACAAGCAAAGCUCCUGGUCACAUGGCUCUACUCCGGAUGUAUUGAAGACGACAUCAACUACUCGGAUGUGCUCGACCUCUACAUCUUUGCCGAUAUGACGGAUAUCACUGCAUUGCGUAGAGACAUCAUGGAUCAUCUCUUCAAACGAGGUCUAAAAUGGCAGGUUUUCGACGAAGAAAGUGUGCCGGAGCAUUUCACAACGCUCCCUCCUAGUUCCGGUCUUGUGCGUUGGAUGGUUGAUAACUUCGCACAAUGCUGGGCGAGGCUUUUCGGUAGCUAUGAUUCCUACUUGAAACCACGUAUAGCAGCCUUCGAGGUUUCUGGAGAGUUCUUCGACCAAGUCAGGGCCGCCUACUGCAGAGAUUGGACUGAAGUUAGCGAAUGUCACUUCAAAACCCCUUGCCAUUAUCACGAACAUGAGACAGUCGAGGAAUGGCGAAAGUGUGCUGGCGAAUCGUUCGAGAUGGCCGACAAAGCUUACCUCGGAGGUACCACUGCCGCUGGCCCUCCGAUUAAAGACAGAUAUGUGGUUUACGACUAUUGCAAAGACUUCGAGGGUAAUUGGCAGAAGAUCUGGAUGACUGGCAAUAAGACAAUCUGCGAGGAGACUGAUACUGAGUCAGAUUAUUGAAGUGUCGUCGUUGUGGAGAGCGAUAUGGAUGAUCUGAGACAUGCUUUGCAUACCGUGGGACUACGUCGGGUCAAGAGCUUCAUGAGAAUUUCCGGGCUUACAAAGAUGCAAAUCGCAACAGCAGACUGGCUGUGACAAGACACAAAGAUGUUCAAAUUCACGAACAAUCCUUUGAGAGUCCAUAUUUUAGCACUUCGAUGAACUCAAGACAAUCCCUGGAAGAUUUGUGCUUUUUGACAACAGAAAGACUUCUGUGUCCCUGGACAGCCAUU